AUGCUUCCGCCACUCAACUUUCUGACUCUGCAUCAUGUCUACUUCAUUGCCAUGGCAUUGAUAUGCAGCGUCAUAUUCUGGGCUUCGUCGAAACCUGCUCAUAGCGUCAAUCUUUCUACCGUAAACUCUUUCCAACAAGCUAUUCUUUUCUGUCUUAUUCUUCUUGGCCAUCCGAUUCUGAUAUCGAGCACUGUUCUGUUCGUCCGCAAACGUGCUUUUGAAUCUCGAUUUCGCACCAUUGUCGAGGCGCAUGCACGAAAGCGUUCAGCAGCCGCUCACGCAAUUCAUUUGCCGAGGAUCGUGAAAAGGAAUCUCGGUGCAGACCCGAACACUCCCGUUUCUAGAGAUGCGCGUUUGGAACAAAAUCACCAAACCUUGGAUGGGAUCAAUCAGCUGGCUCCUGGUGGCAGUCUGGCAAAUACUAAGACAGUCUUUGAGACCGAAGUGCGUGAUGCCGAAGCUACCGGCUGGGCCACCGAUGACGAUCAAGUAACCAUCCAUUCCCCUAUUCGAGACAGAUCCAGGCACCGAAUGUUUCCCAUGGCCGGAGUAGGCGCACGUCCAGACGCCAGGGACCCCAGAGAUGCUGCUCCAGGUGUUGUCGUUGAUGAGGACCGACGCCCAUCACUCAUUGAAACCCUAAACAAAAAUUCUCAAAAAUACUUUUCCUCGAGGGCCUUUAUAUCCCGCAACUCACAGUUUCACGGCCUUACCCCCAACGAGCGCGAGAAGCUCGGUGGUGUGGAGUAUAAAGCAAUCUGCUUCCUCUCCAUCAUAGUACCCCUGUACUUCAUUCUAUUCAAUACCUUAGGGUUUAUCGGGCUUGGGACCUGGAUCACCGUCAAUCGACCUGAUGUUGCUCGCACCAAUGGCUUGGAUCCUUUUUGGACUGGCUCGUUCUUCGCAAUCUCUGCUUUUGGGAAUAACGGCAUGUCCUUGCUCGACCUCAACAUGACAGCUUUGCAGACUGGGCAUACCUGGUAUCUACUCGCCACAAUCAUUGUCUUCAAUGCAAUCGAUUGGGCAGGAUUCGAAGUCUUGUCUAUCGGCGACACAGCUAUCGAGAGCUUAGGCUCGUACCGCGUUUUGGAUGGGCUCUUCCAGGCCCUAGCCGUGCGCUCUGGAGGGUUCUAUGUGGUCACAAUCUCCGAUUUGCAUCAGGGACUGCUUGUGCUUUACGUCCUCAUGAUGUAUGUAUCUGCAUUCCCGGUCUUGGUCACCAUCCGCAACACGAAUGUCUACGAGGAACGAUCGCUUGGAAUCUACGCAAAUGAUCAUUUGACUGAAGAUCAACGGCGUCAUGCCUCGUUGAGCAGCUUUGUCGGCCAUAUCAAAGCCAUUCUAUCUUCGUCUGAUAAAGUACCAUAUGCCAUCAACAACGAUGCGCAAUCAGCUGCCUACAUUGACGAGAAUAAUACCUCACGCAGCUACUUUGUUCGGCAACAAUUACGAUCCCAACUGAGCCAUGAUAUCUGGUGGAUCUGCCUUGCCGUAUUGUUCAUUGCCAUCGCAGAAGGUCCCCAUUUCAAAGAGGACCCCGUUGCAUACUCCACAUUCAAUAUAAUCUUUGAGGUAAUCUCUGCGUAUGGAUGUGUAGGCAUUUCAGUCGGCCUUCCAAACGAGAAUUACUCCUUCUGUGGCGGCUGGUACACGAUCAGCAAAUUGAUCCUGAUUGCGGUCAUGCUGCGUGGUCGCCACCGUGGAUUGCCCGUUGCUAUUGACAAGGCUGUUAUGCUACCAGAUGAAUCUCUGGCGUGGGCUGAGGAAGAAGAUGCUGCCAUGAGGCUGGAGGGUACGCGGACUUGGAAUGCUGUGCAUGGGAACACUCUCGAGGGAAAAACAGGUGAUAUAGUUUGA